AUGUCUUUUUUCGAUAAACUCGCAGGCAGUGUGGUAUCUUUUGCAAACGAUGCUGCGAAAACAGUUGAAAAAGAUGUUGUAAAUCCGACAGUAUCUUUUGCAAACAAUUCUGCAAGAAAUGUUCAAAGAGAAGUGAUAGAUCCGGCGGUAUCUUUUGCAGAAGAUUCUGCGAAAACUAUCCGGCGAGAAGUGGUAGAUCCGACAGUAGCGUUUAUCGAAAGCCAGAUCCAGCGGCCACGUGACGUCGUUGAGCAGCAACAAAUCCUAGACAAUCUCCAAGCAUCCAAUAGUUCGCGUUUCCCUGGCGACGAGUACCACUCGCCGGACCGGAAGAACUGGAUGGCCCAUAUCUCCGCGGAGAAACUGCCUCUUAACAAGAUCGUGUGGCCAGGAACGCAUGACUCAGCCACCAACGGAAUCGGGGACCCUGUGGUCGGUUUCAUUGGUCGGUUUUUGGGUGAAUGCCAAACACUCUCCGUCUACGACCAGCUCGUCCUCGGGACACGUGUUCUUGAUAUCCGUGUGCAAGAGGAUCGCAAAAUCUGCCACGGGAUUCUGACGUCAUAUAACGUUGAUGUCGUCAUAGAUGACGUCAUCAAAUUCUUGUCGGAGACCCGAUCUGAGAUCAUAAUCAUGGAGAUAAGGACCGAGUACGGACACAAAGACCCUCCAGAGUUCGAGACUUACUUGGUGGACAAGUUAGGGCCAUUCUUGGUACAUCAAGACGAUAACGUGUUCCACAAGUUAGUAUCCGAGAUCUUGCCGAAGAGGGUUAUAUGCAUAUGGAAGCCGAGAGAGUCACCGAAGCCUAGCCGUGGUGGACAUCUCUGGAACUCAGAUCAUCUAAGAGACAAUUGGAUCGAUACGGAUCUUCCAUGGACGAAAUUCCAAAGCAACAAGGACUAUUUGAAAGAGCAAGCACCGAUAUCUUCUAGAAGAUUCUUUUACCGGGUUGAGAAUACACUUACGCCACAAGCAGAUAAUCCAGUUGUGUGGGUCAGACCCGUGACUGAUCGAAUCCGAAGCUACGCAAGGCUCUUCAUUUCUUGGUGUAUAUCAGAGGGAUGUGUAGAUAAGUUGCAGAUUUUUUCGACUGAUUUCAUCGACGAGGAUUUCGUGGAUGCCUGUGUCGGGCUUACACACGCCAGAAUCGAUGGGAGAGUUUGA